CCGCUUCGUCCUUGUUUGAGUGAGCACAUGUUUGUUUACCAAAAGGCCCGUGAAAUCUUGUUCUCUUGUCUUGUCAGUCCGUGAAGUUGUCUUUGAUUUUCCUUUCAUCGACGAGAAUUUACGCGUGAGUCCUUUCCGUUUCCCGAACUCUCACGGAUAAUUUUGUCAUCAGAAGGAAGUGGAUUGAUAAGAUAAUGGCUGGUCGCGGGAGGCACAACUUUAUGGACACGAGCAAUGACUCGAAUAACAAUUCACCGAUACCCGAGAAGAAGAGUCGCCUGGAAGUAGAGAGGAGUCACUUAGAAGUAGAGAGGAGUCGCUUAGAAGUAGAGAUGAGUCGCUUAGAAGUAGAGAAGAAAAAGUCGGGCUUUAACAAUUCACCGAUACCCGAGAAGAAGAGUCGCCUGGAAGUAGAGAAGAGUCGCUUAGAAGUAGAGAAGAAAGAGUCGGGCUUGCCGUGUUUCUGCAACCGGAAACCCAACGGGAUUUACUGUAACAAUUGCCAAACUUUCACCCCCAACGUUCGCAUAAGACGAGCGUGUCCGCAGCAUCCGCAAGUUCUCUGGCUCAUGGAUCUUGAAAGUUGUCCCACUUGCCUCAAAGAUCACAACCUCAUGGAGCUAUCUCGCUGACUCUCAUCUGUGAUACUUUCUCAUCCUCCCGGUUUUUCUCAACUCACUGAUACUUAUUUUAUUUUAGUUUACCGUAUUUCCCUUCCAAGAUGGUUUAUUUUAGCCGUUUUUCUUUAUUCUGUAAGGUAGACUUUACCGUGUUUUCCUCAC